CUCUCUUAUCCUUCACAAAAACCAGACAUCCACCACUUCUCUCACAACCAACUGUUCCAAACACUUUCAACCCACAUCCAACUGAGUGCUUCAAACUCAGUUAAUGGCACUACUAACACCACAGUUACAGAAGUUCCUCUUGACAAAGCUGACCCACUGUAGCUCUAGCUUCAAGCCACCUAAGAAAUAUACUAGUAGUAGUAACACUACCAAAGCAAGAACCCCAUGUUGCUCUGCUAUUGCUAUUGAUGCACCAUCAUCACUCACUGGUGGUGUAGCCGGUGUUCGAUGGGGAUCAACGGCUCUGCAGGGUCUCAGGGAAGAGAUGGAAGAUGAUAUUCUUGUCAGGUCUGAUGGCUUUGAUGGGUUCUACUUUGCUGCUGUGUUUGAUGGCCAUGGUGGGUUGUCUUCAGUCAAGUUCCUCAGGGAUGAGCUUUAUAAAGAGUGUGUUGAAGCUUUACAAGGCGGGUUGCUUUUGAGUGGAAAAGAUCUCAAAACCAUUAGAGAGGCAUUACAGGAGGCUUUUGCAAAAACUGAUGCAAAGUUGUUAAAUUGGCUUGAAAUGGCUGGGGAGGAAGACGAAUCGGGAUCAACAGCUACUGUUAUGUUCCUUGGAAAUGAUACACUGUUUAUUUCACAUAUUGGUGAUUCAUGUGUGGCUCUAUCUCGUUCUGGAAAAACAGAAGUCUUAACCAAUCCUCAUAGGCCUUAUGGAAGCAACAAGGCCUCACUUCAAGAAAUCAAAAGAGUUAGAGAUGCAGGUGGAUGGAUUGGCAAUGGAAGGAUUUGUGGGGACAUUGCUGUAUCUCGUGCUUUUGGUGACAUGCGGUUCAAGACAAAGAAAAAUGAGAUGCUGAAGAAAGGAGUACUAGAAGGGAGAUGGUCUGAAAAAUUUGUUUCUCGUGUGCAAUUCAAUGCAGACUUGGUUAGUGCAUGUCCUGAUAUAUUUCAAGUAACUCUUGGGUCAGAUGUGGAGUUUGUACUCUUAGCAUCUGAUGGCUUAUGGGAUUACAUGAACAGCUCAGAAGCAGUUAGUUUUGUUAGAAAUCAACUUCGACAGCAUGGAGAUGUUCAGCUUGCUUGUGAAGCACUGGCUCAAGCAGUUCUGGACCGACGAUCAGAAGAUAAUGUCAGCAUUAUCAUUGCUGAUUUAGGGCGGACAGAUUGGCAAAGUUUGCCACUUCAGCAACAAAAUUUUGUAUUUGAAUUGGGCCAAGCUUUUGCUACAAUUGGUAUCGUGUCACUUGGAAUUUGGAUGUCAUCUCAGCUGUCUUUAUAAACUUAAACCUCUUAAAAUGUAAAUAAUUCAACAUAGAUUUCCACACAUUUUGUAUGUAUACUUUAAAUGUACAAGUCUUAUACCUUUAUAAUGUUAGUUUAGGAAAGUCAGAAUAGUCUAAAAAGAAUACUAUGACCUUUGUUAAUGUCAUAUUUAACUUCUGAAGUUCAGUAAUUGUAAUUACUGCAACAUAGUGAUGGCUAAACUUAAGUCAGGAUUUAUGAGA